CCCCUAGUCCAGGACCUGGUCAAAGUCCAGGAAGGUCCAGGCUCACAAUGGAUAGAAUGGAGACUGUUAAACCGCCCAAAAAGGACCGAGAGUGUUACCAGGUAAAUUCAAAGACAUUCAAAACUACAUAUGCUGUGGGAUGUGCCGCUUGGCCCUAUUCAUAGAACGAUGGCUUUUGCCGAUAUGAUUCAUAGGUUGAUCCUACAAUCGAUUAUUCUUCUCAUUACCCGCCUUCAGCUCCAGCAUACAGUGUAGCCAAGGACUCAUAGGGCUAUUGGGCUACUAUUAUUAUCCAUUUCUAAGCUUUUCGACCCCUGGACGACAGUAAAUCUCCUUGCGUGUUAUGCACCGCCCCGUCCCAAUCAGGUAGUAUUCACAUAUCCAGAUACGGCACGGCAUCCUAGCGCUGCUGGCUGCUACAGUCCUACUACGAAAAAGGAUUCGACCUUCAGGAACCCCAGUCCCCGGUUAUUCCCUUUUAUCGCCGGCAAAUGACACCCCCCAAGGAAGAUGCCUUUAUUAUUAACAUAGAACCGCCCCCGUCCCAAUUUCACUCAGCAAAAAUCGCUGAAAUCGCAAAACACGACGUCCUCCAUGGACGGGACGCCGUUAUGGAUCAUCAUUCACUUGGGGACACUGAGAGCACCGCCAGCUCGAAAACAAAAGCGGUGAUUACAGAGGAAGAGCAAAAGCAGCCUUCUGAAAUACCAUUGUGGUUACAAACCCAAGUUGCCAAGAUCCGCACGAGCCGGACGCGCCAGGCCAUUCUAGCAUUUUUCUUCAUUGUUGCCGCCGUACUUCUCGCGGUUUUGAUAUGGCUAGAAACGAGUGGUCACUUCCACGAAGUUUUCAAGAAAACCGUUCCCUUAGAAUUAUCUCAGGGAAACUACCUUGGCGAAAUUGUGCCGGCGAGCGCAAGAUAUCCCCGUAGCGUCCAAGCAUUCCGCGGAAUACCAUACGCACAGUCGACCGCUGGCGAUAACCGCUUCAGACUUCCCCAGCCAUUGAACGGCACAGUAGACCGUAGCAAGGCGCAACGCGCUACCAGCUUUGGUCAUGUCUGUCCCCAGGGUGGCGGUGGAAAGAAUCAGGGCGAGGAUUGUCUGGUUUUCAAUCUCUAUAGACCUCAUUACAAAAAUGACUCAAACACUACUGCUGCCGAGGUAUCCAGGUUUGGCAAGCUGCCAAUACUUAUCUACGUCCACGGCGGUGGGUUCAACGGUGGAAGUGGCGCUGAACGGAACAUGAUGAGUUUUGUAUCAUGGUCGGAGACGCCUAUCAUUGGAAUGAGCUUUAACUACCGGCUUGGUGCCUUGGGUUUCCUGCCCAGCGCAGCGGCCCAGAAGGCUGGUCUGUUAAAUCUGGGAUUAAAGGAUCAACAGGCGUUCUUCAAAUGGGUGCAGGAUAACGCAGCUGACUUUGGCGGUGAUCCUAAGAACGUUACAAUAAUGGGAUUAAGUGCUGGUGCUCAUUCGGUUGGACACCAUCUGAUAUCGUACUCUCCCGCAAACAAACUAACUUCAUCGCCUCCACCUUUUCAAAAAGCUAUCAUCGAAUCCGGUGGCUCAUUAGCUCGGGCUACCUUCGUACCUACUCAUCCACUUCACGAACAGCAAUUCCAAGAAUUUCUAACAGCAGCCGGACUUAAUGACACCGCUGAAGACAAGCUCUUCGAUGAACUCCGCGCUCUUCCUUUAAACAAGAUUGCUAAUGCCUCUAAUGUCGUAUGGAAACGUUGGGAUGCCAGUUUACGUUGGCCCUUUCAACCUGUCAUUGACGGACCGGGAGGAAUAAUCCCAGAUUUACCUUCCCAGUCCUGGCGGAAAGGAAAUGUCCUACGCAUCCCGAUCCUAACGGGUUUCAAUACGAAUGAAGGUGCCGUGUUCGUCCCGACGCAUGCGAACAAUGCGUCAGCAAUGGACAACCUUAUGUCUUCUAUCAUCCCAGCCCUUAACAAAACAGAUUUGAGUACUCUCAACACAAUGUACCCAGACCCUACUACUACUGUAGGGGAGAAGCUGUACGUCUAUCAACCGCCCUCUGGCUUUGGGACACAAUUCUGGAGGUUAGACGAUUCAUAUGCGCACUAUGCGUAUAUAUGCCCAGUACUCCAGGCAGCAGAUAUGGCUUCGAAUGCCAAUGAAUCCCAGCCUGUUUAUACUUACCAUUACGCCGCUCGAUCAAACGCCCACGGUGGUGCGGAUCACGGCGACGAGGCGCCUGUCGUAACACACGACAUGGACGUUAUCGGUAACUACCCUGGCGUCCUCGCGAUGGCAGACGCUAUGAAUGGAUACUGGGCUCGGUUCGCAGCUACCGGUGAUCCGAACCCCAAAGCAGGCGCUAGCAGCAAUGUCACAACCGUCACAUGGGCUAAGUUCAUCAGCCCAUUCGAGAACACUACAGCAACUGCCGAGACCGCGAAGACGGUCGCGCUGUUUGGUGAGGGCAACGACGAGCGCAUGGGUGCACGCGGACGUCAGAACAAGGGCGUCGCGGUGCAGGCGAGCAAUUUGACCGACCGAGUCAGGACGGAGUGCCGCUUCUGGUUUGAUCGGGUCACACUGAGCGAGGGUUGGGGUAAUGGAAGUACCUCAAUUGGUACGGAGAGUGCGAAGGCUUAGGCGAAGUUAUAGACCCGUUGUCUCCAUUCGGAAAAGAAGGGAUGGAAGGAUGGUAAUCGUUGAAUUUGUACAAAGAAGCAUCGCGGAUUCGCAUGCAAGUUGAGAUACCCUGUUAUUUUGAGCGAGGUCAGCAUUGAACGGGUCGGAACGACACGAAAGCAUGAGCAAGGCGUUUUGGGCGGCGAGCAUAUUUGUCUGUUCAAUUAGAGAAUAGAUCCCUUCAUCGCCAGAUGGAGGGCUGUAUAUGAAUGCAUACUUGAUACAUACUAUGUCGAUACGUCCUGGCGAUGUGUCUUCCUG